AUUGGACCAAAAUCGAAACUAUAUAUGUUAAGUAUUUUAAUUUACCAUCAGCUUUGCGGCUCGUUAAGCAUAGUGAUGAACUUUCUGUCCCAGUUCCACCUGAAUCUUAUUCUUUGGAUGAAAAAGUCGAAUCCACCGAGUCUGAAAGUGAUGUUACAGAAAGCGUAAAAAUUUCCGAUCC